AUGUCUCGCACUUUCUUUGUCGGUGGUAACUGGAAGAUGAACGGCUCUCUGUCUCAGUACAAGAGCCUCAUCAAUGACCUGGCCAGCGCCAACCUCGACCCCAAGGUUGAGGUCGUGAUCGCUCCCCCGGCGCUCUACCUGCUCCCGGCCAAGGAGCUCCUUCAGAACAAGAAGAUUGAGCUCUCGGCCCAGGAUGCCUACCACAAGCCCUCGGGUGCGUUCACCGGCGAGAUCUCGUCGGCUCAGCUCAAGGACGCCAGCAUCCCCUGGGUGAUCCUCGGUCACUCGGAGCGCCGCACCAUCUUCGGCGAGAAGGACUCGGACGUCGCCGAGAAGACCAAGGCUGCCCUCGAGAACGGCCUCAAGGUUAUUCUGUGUGUUGGUGAGUCCCUCGCGCAGCGCGAGGCUGGCGACAGCGUCAAGGUCGUCAUCGGCCAGCUCGAGGCCGCCGCCAAGAGCAUCAACGACUGGAACAACGUCGUGAUCGCCUACGAGCCCGUCUGGGCCAUCGGUACCGGCAAGGUCGCCACCGCUGAGCAGGCUCAGGAGGUCCACAAGGCCAUCCGCGAGUGGCUCGGCAAGGCCGUCGGCUCGUCGGCUGCCGACUCGGUCCGCGUGAUCUACGGUGGUAGCGUUGCCGCCAAGAACUGCAAGGAGCUCGCCAGCCAGCCCGACAUUGACGGUUUCCUUGUCGGUGGUGCCUCGCUCAAGCCCGAGUUCGUCGACAUUGUCAACGCCCGCCUUUAA